AUGCCGGAUGGUUAUUAUUUUGUUAUUCAGAAACGCCUAGACGGAUCUACGAAUUUUACUCAGAACUGGGACGCUUAUAAGAGUGGUUUCGGCAAUCCUUUGAAAGAAUAUUGGAUAGGAAAUGAAGUCAUUUAUGAAUUAACAAAAGACCUGGACAGCUCCAUGUAUGUUGCCAUUACCCUGAAAAACGGCUCCACUUUAUAUGAAAAAUACGAAACAUUCGCCAUUUCAAAUGAAGCGGGCAAUUACAGACUUUUCCUAGACGGCCAGGCUUCUGGAACUCUGGGGAACAGCAUGACCGAGAGACCUCCAGGUGACGUCCUCAACAACAUGAUGUUUUCGACACCUGAUAGAGACAAUGACGGGAUCCACAUACACUGCGCCGAGAAUCAUAAAGGGGGGUGGUGGUUCAAUUCGUGCCAUGACGCUUACCUGAACGGACCUUACGAUUCCUCGUCAUGGGAUCAGCCAUGGUACCCUGUAGUGUCUAAAGGGACAGAGAUUGAGAAAACAGCGAUGAUGGUUAAAAGAAAAUCGUCGCCAUGAAGCAGAUGCAUAUUAAGUGAAAAACAUCGCAACUAUAACUAAC